AUGAGCUCGCUGCGGCGUUUCAGGUGUCCCCUCAGGCCAUCGUCGCCGCACCACGUCAAGUGGAGUUGGCGACUGAUCGCCAUCCAGAUGAACCCCGAUCUCAAGAGCAUCGCUCCAAGGCAUAUCGACAUCUACCUCCAAUCAAAAGCAGCACGGAGCACCAGACUGCUUUUUCUGUUGGCUCCUUCCCUUCCGAUUUUGGCAGAGCGUGGCAACGAGUCGAAUGCCCCUCGGAAGUCCUGCGUCAGGACACCAGCGAGCCCGGCCCUCGGCUUCGUGAUCGGCCAUUUGACUUCCACGGGACGGCAUCACUGCUACGCAGGAUUGCUACGGCUUUUUGCCGCCACGGGCAACUUGAAAGGCCGGGCGAUGUGA